CUUCCGUAAGUUGGACCAAAAUGGCAGCCUUGGAGGAAGGCUUCACGUUGACUGCGGUACCGCUGGGUUCCGGGCCUGACGGACCCCUUGGAGUGGAGCAGAGCGACAAAACAGACCAGUUUCUAGUGACGGACAGCGGCAGGACCGUCAUCCUCUAUAAGGUUUCUGAUCAGAAACCCUUGGGGAGCUGGUCAGUGAAACAAGGUCAAAUUAUAACAUGUCCAGCUGUGUGCAACUUUCAAACUGGAGAGUAUAUUGUUGUACAUGAUAAUAAGGUCUUGAGAAUAUGGAAUAAUGAAGACGUAAACCUGGAUAAAGUAUUUAAAGCGACAUUGUCCGCUGAGGUAUAUAGGAUACAUUCAAUACAGGGGACAGAACCCUUGGUGCUGUUCAAGGAAGGUGCCAUUCGUGGUUUAGAGGCCUUGCUUGCAGAGCCCCAGCAGAAAAUUGAAACUGUUAUCUCUGAUGAAGAAGUGAUUAAGUGGACAAAGUUUUUUAUGGUAUUUAGGCAUCCUGUGCUGAUUUUUAUUACUGAAAAACAUGGAAAUUACUUUGCUUAUGUACAAAAGUUUAACUCACGUAUCCUAAGCAAAUACACACUUUUACUUGGACAAGAAGAAAAAUCGGUUACACAGAGUUUUAGUACAUCUGUGCAUCGGAAAUUCAUCUCUCUGAUGUCAUUAAGCUCUGAUGGAUGUGUAUAUGAAACCUUGAUACCAGUACAUCCAAGUGACCCAGAAAAAAAUCAGAGGGUAGUUCCAUCACUGUUGCUCAAGUCCGUGGUGUCUGGCAAUGCUCGAAGUGGUGUUGCACUCACCAUCCUGGAUCAAGAUCACGUAGCAGUCCUGGGACCACCACUAUCAGCUUCUAAGGAAUGCCUCUCCAUAUGGAAUACAAAAUUUCAAACACUACAGACUUCAAAAGAGUUACCACAAGGGACCAGCGGUCAACUCUGGUAUCAUGGGGAAAAUUUGUUUAUGCUACAUGGAAAAUUUCUAACUGUAAUCCCAUACAAGUGUGAGGUGUCAUCAUUAGCAGGUGCUCUUGGAAAACUCAAGCAUGGUCAAGAUCCAGACAUUCAUGCCAUGACUCAUUUUGUAAACUGGGAAACAUCACAGGGAUAUGGACUUGGAUCUCAGAACUCAGAGCAGUCAAAGAGAAUCUUAAGGAGAAGGAAAAUUGAAGUGAGUGUACAGCCGGAGGUCCCACCAUCCACACAACUCUUAGCAGCCGUACAGAAAGAUUCAGAAAAACAUAUUGAAGUAGAACUACGUAAAUUUUUGGCUGUUAAGCGGACCCCGGACUUUCAUACUAUUAUUGGGGAUGUAGUAAUAGGAAUUCUGGGAAGAUAUAAAGCAGAACCAUCGUUUUAUCCUCGGAACUGUUUGAUGCAGCUUAUCCAAACGCGUGUGCUUUCUUACAGCUUGUGCCCUGGCUUAAUGGAGUCUGCCUUAGAAAAGACGGAUGUGCAGAUCCUACAGAUCUGCCUACAGCAGUUCCCUGACAUCCCUGAGUCAGUCACCUGCGCUUGCUUAAAAAUUUUCUUGAGCAUUGGUGAUGACAGUCUUCAAGAAACAGAUAUCAAUAUGGAGUCAGUUUCUGACUAUACUGCUACUAUACAAGAUGGGGAAAUAGAACAACAAACUGAAAUUCUUCAAAAUGGUUUCAAUCCUGAAGAAGAUAACUGUGAGAAUUGUGCUCAGGAGUUGAUUGAGAAGCCUCAGGCUGCAACAGAGGAGAGCACUUCAUGCCCUGUUACAGGGAAAAGAGCAGCGCUACUAAAUGCAAUUCUUCAUUCAGCAUAUAGCGAGACGUUUCUUCUGCCUCAUUUGAAGGACAUCCCAGCACAACACAUCACUCUAUUUCUCCAGUAUUUGUAUUUCCUUUAUCUGAAGUGUAGUGAAAAUGCUACUAUGACUCUUCCUGGAAUACACCCUCCAACCCUGAACCAGAUUAUGGAUUGGAUAUGUCUACUUCUAGAUGCUAAUUUUACUGUUGUGGUAAUGAUACCAGAAGCAAAAAGGCUACUGUUAAGUCUUUACAAGUUUGUGAAAUCCCAGAUAAGCAUUUGUUCUGAGCUCAACAAGAUUGAAGUAAGUUUUCGUGAGCUACAGAAAUUAAAUCAAGAAAAGACUAAUAGAGAAUUAUAUUCAAUUGAAGUGCUGGAACUCUUCUGAUACUACCAGUUCUCCUUCAUAGACGUUUUAUGAAGCUCUUUUAUGUGGAUUCUUCCUACUCAACCAGGCAAGAGAUGUGUUUUGUUUGUGACUGUCUCUUCGGUGACAAGAGAAAUGUCUGAGCAAGUACCUAGACCAUCACUUAUUGAUUCUCCUAGGUCAGACUGCAGGUUUCACGUGAAGCUAUUCUAGCUUAUGGACACUGGUGGGGAGAGAUUCUGAAACUUUUAAAAAUAUGUAACGGAGGUGUUUUUAAGUAAACUUAUUUGUGUAUUGAUACAAGCUGAAUUUCUUACCAUCCAUUUGAAUAGUUCUUCUUUUAAUAAAAAACCACCAUUGAAGAAACAGUGAUUCUAGGAAAAACAUGGUUUUAUCACAGUCGGAAGCUGUCCCAGCUCGUCUGUGUUCAUGGGGAACAGAAGAGGGCGUUUCCACAGGCAGGGUGGGAAGGGGCCUUGUACACGCCUGUGCUUAUCUCCUGCCAUCCUCUCCGGUUCUUUACCUCCUUGCACUACCUUCUUACAUACCCAGGGCUUGAACGUUAUCCCUCAGAUUACCUCUGUGAUUAGGAUGUUAAUUUCAGUUACAGAAAUAUAUUUCUAGAUAGUAAAAAAAAAAAAGUCUCUUUUGACCGUAGAAUUUCCUGUUUUAACUCGGGUUUAGGACAAACGAAAGGCUUUAUGUAGAAGAAAUGGAUGCUUUUGUUUCUUAAAAAUAAACUCAAAUUUAUUUUUGUUAAAAGUGAAAUCACUUUUUCAGGUGAUGAACUAAGUUUCCCAAGAGUAACUUGAAACAUUUAUGAGCUGUGAAAGUCUCUGUUGAAUAAAUCAUUUUGAAACCUCUUUUAACCUGAAAGGUCACAAUAUAUAUAUUUUUUAAAUUCCAGUAAAUUCUAGCGCAUAAUAUAAGUUCAAGUGUGGUUCUAGAGCCCAUGUUAUACAGAAUCCUGAUGGCUCAACUUAAUUUGCGUUAGAGAAAGGCUUCAUUUAGGUCAGGCACUCUGUAAAGUUUAGUUACAACUGUUGCAGUUAACAAAGAGGUUCUCCCUUGUUAUUCUUUUUUUUUUUUUUUUAAUUGAAGUAUAGUUGAUUUACAAUGUUGUGUUAAUUCCUUAGUCAUUCUUAAUCUCUCUUUAAUCUGAGAGAAAAGAAAUACCAAAGAUAGCAGCAUAUAUUAACAGUUAUGCUCACUUUAAGUGGGACCUUUUGCUCAGACAAUUUAAACUAAGUGAUACAGUACUUCUCAGCAGAAAUGAAAAAUAGGAGUCUCCACGAUGUUUAUCGUCUUUUUAUCUUUUUUGUGAACCAUUUAAGAAUUACUUACAGGCACCCAGACAUAAAAUUGUGUGUUCCUAAGCUUUUCUUAAAACUUUGAACGUUAUGGGGCUUCCCUGGUGGUACAGUGGUUGAGAAUCCGCCUGCCAAAGCAGGGGACACAGGUUUGAGCCCUGGUCCAGGAAGAUCCCACAUGCCACGGAGCAUCUAAGCCCGUGUGCCAUAACUACUGAGCCUGUGCUCUAGAGCCUGUGAGCCACGACUGCUGAGCCCGCGUGCCACAGCUACUGAAGCCUGUGCACCUA